AUGGGAAAACCUUUUCUUAAACUUCUUUUCUUCAUAACUUGCCUGAUACCUACUAUAUCGGCAAGAUUAACACUUCCUCAAAUGUUUAACUUUGAGCUAAAUGAAUAUAUUCCUUAUAUGAUAGUCACAGCAAUUCUUGUAAUCUUUAUAAUUCCAAUAAGAGAAUUUAGAAUUAUCAGGGGAAUAAUCUUUGGAGCCUUAUCAGCAUUUUUAGUCAUAAUUUUUCCGACAAUAUUUUUUUACAUGACGGAAGGUUUCAGUAAAAAAACAAUAGUUUUUAUGAUUUUCACAAUUGUUGAAAGCAUAGGGAUAAUAUUUGUAGGUUUAAUUUAUCUAGUCUCUUUUAAAAACUGUUGUAGACGGGAAAAUAAUUGGGAAAAUAUUGGUGCUAUAUUCAAGACUGGUUUCGAUAUUAGAAUUCAUGCACCAUAUAUAGUUUCUGGUGUGAUAAUAGGUGGAUGUGUAAAAUGUUCUCAAGGUAGAAUAAUAUCAAUAGUUUUAGUUGGGAUAGAUCAUUAUAUAACGUUUUAUUUUACUUUGGAUGAAGUCAAUCGAGUUUCACUAUUAUUGUUUUGGUUAGAUUUAUGGUUUAUACUAUUUGGUAUUUAUACUAUGAUCGAAAUUUUUGAUAAUAUAGAAACUAGAGAAGUUAAGAAGAACGAAACAGGAGUUAAUAGUGUCGAGAAUGGAUUGCACUUUCUGUUACCAAUGCUAUUCCGUUCGAAAAAAAGAUCUACUCAAUUUGAUCCGUGCGAUGAUAAACAACCUCUUCUUGAUGUAGUAUUUUCUCUUGAUCCACUCGUUCCUGCGCAAGAACUGUUUGUUAGUGCUGAAAAAACAAGCAAUUUCAUAUCACCUCAAAGAGAACCAGCACAAUCAUAUUGUGAAGGUUGUGAAGAAAGAAUGGAUGUGUUAAGAUACGAUGCGAUCAUUUUGUGA